UCCAAGAUCGACUUGAAUCCGUACUUGUAUCAAAAGCGCACCUGAACUCUAUCCUGAAGAAAAUGCCGAACAUAACAGAGAAAAUGGUCAAAAGUAUUCAAGUACCGAUAAUUCAGGCAUUGGGUACCACUUGCUUUGUAUACUCAAUGACUUUGAUUGAUAAGAAACUGUAUACGUUACAAGAAGUAUGUGAUUUCCGAUAUCCUCGCACAUACGCCGAUUUGAGAGAUGGUACCAUACUACUAAAACUUCUCCGUAGCUUGGAUUUGGUUAUGGUAAGAUGCUAAAUAAAAAAGAAAGAUAGAAGGGGCGG